GCCCAGCAGUUCUGACAGAGUCAGGAAUCAUGUGUCCUUCUCCAGAUCCCAGCCAAGCACCAGCUUUGCCAACAGGAAAAGGUGUCAGAAGUGUGUGAGCAGUCUCUGGGGAUGUAACUGGUGCAUCCAGCAGCACCUCUGCACCCACAAAGCAGCCUGUGAGGAGGGAACCAUUAUCUACAAUGAAAGGGCCCAGAUUCCAUCCUCAAGUGUGUAUCCUUCUUCAGCCGCUCCCCUCACCAAGUCUUCUACCACAGCCCCAACCAUGGCCACAAAACCCGUCACUACCCCUGUGCAUGUGGGACCAAGCACUGAGGCCCCCACAGAGCCCAUCCACAUCACACCCUCUGCAGCCCCAGAUCCGAUGACUGAGCCUGUGGAAACCCUCAGCUACACGUACCUGACUCUGUCGACCGAAGCCGCCCCUCUCCAGGCCGCCACAGAAUCCCCGCUCCCACCACCAGCAGACAAACCUGCUGUCACUGUGCCAGAGACAACCUCUCCCGCUGCAUCUGUCCUCACCAGCCCAUCCAAAAAUGUGGAUCACGCAGCCCUGCCCACUGAAGGGCCAGCCACAGCCCAGGAGCCACGGCACACCGACCCACCCACCACCCCCGUGGGUAGCCCCCUGCACACGUCUGCAGCUGCAGUAACACCUUCCUCUCCUGUCACCAGUUUCAAGUGGGCUCCAAGUCCUUUUCCUACCACAGAAGCACUGACAUUUGCCAUCCCAUCUCCCCAGACCCCCAGCCAGGUGCCAGGGAGCCCUGUUGCCUCUGAUGACUCUCCUGGAUUGCUGGGAACUGAACUAUCUGCUUCAGAGCUCCCACCAUCAGCUCCCCCGGAGUGGCUGCUGGAGGAAGGCACAGAACUCCAGGACACAGAGGACUGGAUGGAUUUGCUGCAGGCUGAGAAUGACACAUCUCUCUUCUCUGCUUCUACUCUUCUGUCGGGUGAUGGCGAUUCUUCAGAGAGGGAUGUCCCUGACUUUCCUCGGAUCCUUCACCCUGACCUUGAUUAUCAGUAUGAUGCCCCUGAGUUUUGGGAGGAGAAUGAAGAGCCUAGCUGGGGUCCAGAUGCAUGUCCCUGUGUGCAGGGAAUCCAGGGAUCUUCACUGUUUCCAGUCAACGUGGCGAGGAAGAUAACUCUGCUGGGAAAGAACUUCCACCUCUAUCAGGACCAGCAGUGGGACUAUGAGUGUGUCCUGAAUGUGGAGGGGAGGACAGUGGUGAUGGAUGCUUAUGUGGAAGGAGAUGAAACAAACCGGUCUCUCUGUUAUAUCACCUGCCAGAUGAACCAGUACAGUUACACGGCAUCUCAACUUGAAUUCAACGCUGUGGUGUUUGUACAGAGGCGACGACACCUUCGAGUGGACAGUGCUGCAGAUCUUCAUGUGACUUUUUACAACUGCUCUGUGGGACACACUGAUUGUAGCCGAUGCCAAACAGCUGACUCAAAGUACAACUGCGUGUGGUGUGGAGGUGACAACCCCAGCUGUAUCUUCAGGGGCUCUUGCAAGGAAGAAAUUGAAGACCUGUGUCCAGCACCUCUCAUUCACUCUGUGUACCCCCUGUCUGGACCAGUGGAAGGUGGCACUAGAAUCACCAUCACUGGCUCAAACCUCGGGCAGAAACAUCAAGACAUUGCAGAAACUGUCACUGUUGCAGGAAUUCCCUGUGCCGUAGAUGCUCAAGAGUAUGAGAUCUCUAGCAGUAUCGUGUGUGUCACUGGCGGGAGCUGGACAGAGAGAUUCGGGCAUAUUGUGGUGGAAGUGCCCGGAGGAGGACGAGGCGUUUCUGGGCAUGUUUUCACCUAUCAGAACCCAGAGCUGAAAUCCAUUGUUCCAACUCAGGGCCCCAAAGCAGGAGGAACCUGCCUUACCCUUCUGGGCUCAAAGCUGCUGACUGGGCAUCCUAACGAGAUCAGUGUCCUGCUUGGAGACCUCCCUUGCCAAAUCCUCUCUGAGAUGACAGAGGAUCAGCUGGCAUGCCAGACGAGUCCCAGCAAUGUGUCCACAGAACUCCCAGUCACCAUCAAAUAUGGGGACCAAGAGCGGAGACUGGAAGGAUCCCUCUUCAGAUAUACUCUGGAUCCCAACAUCACUUUUGCAGAGCCACCUAAAAGCUUCCUCAGUGGAGGGAGAGUGCUCAGAGUUCAUGGAUACAACUUAGAUGUUGUACAGAAACCGAAGAUCCGAGUUACAGUUUCUCCAUCUGAACGCCGGCGCAGAGGAGCCGGACGAUGGCGCAGAAUCAUCCCAGACUCGGAGUGCCCUGAGGAUGCUCUGUGCAGCAUCCAGCAGUUUGAAGAGCCAUGUCUUGUUAACUCCUCUUACCUGAUCCUGUGCAAAACUCCAGCCAUUAACCUGCUGUUGAGGAGUGUCCGUAUCAAACUGGAAUUUAUUCUGGAUAAUCUGAGCUUUGAUUUCAAUUCACUGCAUCCCAUACCCUUCUCUUAUGAAGUCAAUCCUGUCCUAAAACCACUGAAUGCUGAGGAUCCUGCCAAACCAUAUCGUCACAAGCCAGGAAGUGUCAUCUCUGUGGAGGGGGAAAAUCUAGAUCUGGCUAUUUCCAAGGAUGAAGUUAUGGCUAUGAUUGGGGAAGGAAUCUGUGUGGUGAAGACUCUAACAAGGAAUCAUCUCUACUGUGAGCCCCCCUCCGAGCAGCCAGCUCCGCGGCACCGCACGAAGCGGGAGGGCACGGACUUGCUCCCAGAGUUCACGGUACAGAUGGGAAACCUGAACUUCCUCCUGGGCCGAGUGCAGUACGACACGGAGAGCCAGCUCACCUUCCCACUGGAGGCACAGAUUGGUUUGGGUGUUGGUGCUUCCUUUGUGGCUCUGAUUGUUCUGGUCAUCGUCUUCAUAUACAGGAGGAAGAGCAAACAGGCUCUGAGGGAUUACAAGAAAGUUCAAAUCCAGCUGGAAAAUCUGGAAACAAGUGUUCGGGACAGAUGCAAAAAGGAAUUCACAGACCUGAUGACUGAGAUGAUGGACCUCACAAGUGACCUUGUGGGCACAGGGAUCCCCUUCCUGGACUACAAGUCCUAUGCAGAACGCAUUUUCUUCCCGGGCCAUCGUGAGUCACCGCUGCAAAGGGACCUGGACAUCCCUGAGUGCCGGCGGCAAACAGUGGAGCAGGGCUUGGUCCAGCUCUCCAACCUGCUCAACAGCAAGCUUUUCCUCACCAAGUUCAUCCACACUCUGGAAAUCCAGCGCACUUUCUCUCCGAGAGACCGGGCCUAUGUGGCAUCACUGCUCACAGUGUCACUGCAUGGGAAGCUGGAGUACUUCACUGACAUCCUCAAAACGCUCCUGAAUGACCUCGUGGAGCAGUACGUGGCCAAGAACCCCAAGCUGAUGCUGCGGAGGACAGAAACAGUGGUAGAGAAGCUGUUAACCAACUGGAUGUCCAUCUGCCUGUACGCCUUUGUGAGGGAUUCUGUUGGGGAGCCCCUUUACAUGCUAUUUCGAGGAAUCAAGCACCAGGUGGACAAAGGGCCAGUUGACUGGGUGACAGGGAAAGCCAAAUAUACCCUGAAUGACAACCGCCUUCUGAGAGAGGACCUGGAGUACCGGACUCUGACCUUAAAUGCUUUGACACAAGCAGGAGUUGGUGCAGGAGGGGCAGAAGACUCCCAAGGGAUUUCUGCAAAAGUGCUGGACUGUGAUACCAUAACACAGGUGAAGGAGAAAAUCCUAGAUCAGAUCUACAAAGGGACACCAUACUGCCACCGGCCAGACCCAGACACCCUGGACCUCGAGUGGAGAUCAGGGCUGGCAGGUCAUCUGAUACUGUCCGAUGAGGAUGUGACAUCUGUUGUUCAAGGGACUUGGAAACGUCUGAACACUCUUCAGCAUUACAAGGUGCCUGAUGGAGCAACAGUAGCACUGGUCCCACGCCUGACAAAGCACAUCCAUAGGGAGAAUCAGGAUUACAUCCCAGGAGAGAAAACGCCAAUGCUGGAGGAUGCAGAUGAAGGUGGGAUCAAACUUUGGCACCUCGUAAAACCAACAGAAGAGCCAGAGCUUCCCAAGCAUCGGCGUGGGAGCUUAAGAGAUCGGGAGCGAGCCAAGGCAAUCCCGGAGAUCUAUCUGACACGUCUGCUCUCAAUGAAGGGCACUUUGCAGAAGUUUGUGGAUGACUUGUUCCAGGUGAUCCUCAGCACCAACCGCUCUGUCCCUCUGGCAGUCAAAUACUUCUUUGAUCUCUUAGAUGAGCAGGCCAUACACUAUGGGAUUUCAGACCCUGAAACCAUCCAUAUCUGGAAGACAAACAGCCUGCCCCUGCGGUUCUGGAUCAACAUCAUCAAGAAUCCCCAGUUUGUCUUUGAUGUGCAGACGUCGGAUAAUGUGGAUGCUGUGCUGCUGGUCAUUGCACAGACCUUCAUGGACUCCUGUACGAUAGCUGACCAUAAGUUAGGGCGGGACUCUCCGAUCAAUAAGCUGCUUUAUGCCCGGGACAUUCCUCGCUACAAGCAGAUGGUGGAAAGGUAUUAUGCGGACAUUCGUCAGACCAUCUCUGCCAGUGACCAGGAGAUGAACUCUGCCCUGGCUGAGCUAUCACGGAAUUACUCAGGUGACCUCAAUUCCCUGGUGGCUCUACAUGAAUUGUACAAAUACAUCAAUAAGUACUAUGACCAGAUCAUUACUGCCUUGGAAGAAGACCCAACGGCACAGAAGAUGCAGCUCGGAUAUAGACUGCAACAGAUUGCAGCAGCUGUGGAGAAUAAAGUCACAGAUUUGUGACAGGCACAGACAGACUGCUCUCCCCUGGCUGAACGGGGACAGUGCUCAUCCUAGUUUAUACACAGGGUGUCCUGCUGCCAUUGGAACCAGACUGUCCAAGGAACCUGCGGGUGACAUUAGCAGGGAUGGCCAAGGCAGUACAAAGUACAAGCGUCCUUGCAUCUCAGAGAAUAUUUUUUUACAGCUUUUUUUUUUCUUUUUAAAAGCAAAACAAAACAAAAAAGGACAAACUUUGUUUUUUCCCUGGCAGAGACUGUUGCGGGGCCACACAGGUCCUUCCUACAGAUGUUACGUGAAUGUGCCAAGUUUCCAAACCACGUUGUUGAAGAGCCAGGUGACAACACCGAGCACUGUGUCUGUGGAGUCCAUGGAUGCCCUUGCCAGUGCUGGGACACUCCCUGCUGCACCUGCUCGCUUCAGUGGGGAUCAGGAAGCUUUCCCGGGGCUGACUGUUGUGCUAACCUCUGUCCCCAGCUAGCGAGCACUUCUGUGGUGUCCUACCUGAGAAACUCCUGACAGCAAUGCCCCUGCUUGUUCCGGAUGUUGGAUGUGGGAAGGAGAUGUCCAAAGGCAAAGGUCUCUUGCUCCCCAGUGCUCUGGUCUCUGACAGCUCACGUGUGGCACCUGCUUGGCUGUAACAUGCUCCCCAGCAUGUGCGCUUGCCCAGGGGGCCACUGUAGAUGAACAGCACCCCCUCACCCUUCCCCUCAGGACAAAUUCAGCAUGUGAGAGUUGCUGCCUGGCUUGCCUCGGUCUCCACUGACCCAACUCGGAUCUGUCUUCCUGGUUCCUUGUGGUCAGAGGUUGCCCUGCUCUUUGGAAAAGCACAACAAAUUCCUUGUGCCACUCCCCCUUCCUUCGGUGUCCAGCUGUUCUGCUGCUCUGAACUGGACUUGUAAAUACCCUCAGAAAGUUAAUGUAUUUAAAUGCUAAAGGAGAAUGUUUAACUUUGUGGCUUUGAGACAAAGCUUUUCUUGGAGAAGUAUCUCUGUGCACUUCUACUGACAAACGUCUGUCAGCACUGGAGCAGUUUUCUCCACUGCUUUGUCUGCAGGGAUAACUCAUAGGUGUCUCCGUUGUCGUACCAGCAGCUCGCUGUUCCCCAUGGAUCAGUUCCAGACUCUCUGUGUGCUCUUCUGUUAGGCUUGCCUUACACCUUAUUCUCAGCUCCACUUCCCAAACUCUCCUAUCAUGGCACAUACAAGAGUUAUUUGGGGAGCUGUAAACUUCAAGGAGCUGUGAAGCACAACUGCGUUGUUCCCAAGGAGGGUCAGGUGUCCUGCAAAUGGGAAUGAUUCUUGUAUGGAAGGAGAGGCUGGAGCAGGCGCAAGCACAGUUAGUUGGCAGCUGUCAUGGGGCAGCUCCUUACUGCUCCUUCCUUAGUUCCUCCACUUUGUGAAGAGAGUCCUCUGCCCUUCUGGGAGUUGAUCUCUAUUUAUAGGGGUGCCCUACUCAUUCUCUUCCUCCUCUGCUGCUAAUUCCACACUGAUGUCCUGCAUUCCUAGGGCAGGUAGACAGGUCUGACUCCUCUGUCACUUCCCUGAGGUGGUGACUGUGUGGGCCAGGAGAUAGCAGAGCUAGCAUAGGGUAGGAUCAUGUCCCUGCCUCUCUUUACAUUGCAUAUAGCAGUAAUUCCAGGCCUGUCCCAUCAGCCCUGUGGCUUUGUGCAAGGGCCGUGCAGUUGCAAAACUGUUCUUGGAGCAGUAUAAAACAGGCUGAUGCUGGCCUCUCUUCCUAUACAGCCAGCUCUCCUGUGACCCUCUCUCAGCAGUAUUCCCAGGUACUCUGUGUGCUGAGCAUGACCAACAUCCCUGUGUCACCUUCUGCUUCCAUCCUGCUGUACAGAGCAGUAGGGUAGCUGGCUGGCUGCUGCCAAGCAGAAAGGGGGGGUCAGAGUUUGCCUCUCUUCCUUGAGGUGAUGACCAGCUUGAGUCUUACUCCUGCCUGACCACCCAUUUCCACAAAAUUUACGGGAACUUAGCAUCUCUAAAACCUUUGUCCUGACUAAAUCUGGUUUAAUUGGCCCCAGAAAAGCUGGGUGGAGGAAAGGAUCGGAAAAAGCCAACACGAUGCACGUAAAGCCCAUUCCAUUAGGAACUGCAGGAGACGAUUCCCUGGUUUGAGGCAGGUGCAGGUACAGUGGUGGAGUAGUGUCAUCCCCUUGUGUGUUGGUGGAUGGACUUUCUGCCCCAGGCAGCAAAGCCUAGUUUUUGGCCUCUCCAGCUCACUGAGUGUCUGGCAGGAGCCACAGGCUCUCUGCUGGAUUUCUGGCUCUGCAGACUGGUAAUGUCUGCCCCUAUUUUUGCAGAAUUAUCUCUGCACUUUCCCAGAACAGGGUGGCUUGAGGCUUAAUUCUCAAUCCACCUCACGCUGCCAUCCACAUCCUCCUUGCUUCUCAGUAGUGCUUCUGGAUGUUGGAAGUGAUCUGCUUUCUCCCAGUGUAUCUGUGAAAGUCUGCUUUUAUUAGAGCAAUAAUGAAGAGCUAAAAAUAGAGUUAAACAUAGGUGAUUGACUUAUUUAACAUCUUCAGCUUGUCCUUGCAUGGCUGGAUAGGAGACACUGCCCGGCACAGGUGCAGUGAGGGUGGAAAGCUGGUAGUGCCCAUCUCUUCCCAUUCCAUCUGUCCUCGGUGUUCUCGAUACCAGCAUCCUCCUCCCCUGCAGACGUGCACUGAAGGCCCCUCGCUGAGAUCAACUUGGGUGUUUAGGCAUGGCCCCUCUUCUCUCCGUCCAUGCCCCUCUCCUGUGGCAAAAUCCAUUACUACGACAGGGUUCUGUUGCAUUUAAAUUUGCACAAAACAGGUUUUGUUAUGAAAUUCCCUAUUGCAGGGAAGACUUAUUUAUUUAUUCCUUGCGAUCCUUCUAAGUUUUCUCCAGUCUCUGCCUGAUUCCACAACCAGCUUGUGUCAGACACUCUGGAGAUGAACGUUCCUGCUCAAGGACAGAGAAUUCUCACUGGGUGUUCCCGUUUGACUACAGGUAGCAAGUUCUGUGGGCACCAGCAGGGAGAGCCCUGCCACCACGGCCAGUCCCCUCCUGCGGGAUACGGGCACAGUGAGGGGAUGUGGCUGCUCUAAUGGGACCCUCAGAACAGUGAUGAGUGGCAGGCAUCCAGCUUUAUUUAGUACUGCAGUCAGAGAGAGGAACUUGCUUCUGCCCUGGUCUGGGUGAAAGGCUGAGAACUGAUCAGUAUUAAGAUAAAUCUCCGUUAGUGUAUUGAAUGUCUCUCCUGUUGGCAUGACGAAGCGUAGCUGGCACGCACGUGAUGUAGAUGUGAGAGCUCUUGCUUUCAUCUGUCUGGUGGCAAAUUUAGGCUGUACCUGAAAGGUUUUGUGUGUUUGUAGAAAUGAUGGCUAAUUUUUUUUUAAAUGAAAAUAGAGGGUUCUCGGAUGCUGCUGCCUCGGUGGAAUGCCGUUUCUUUUUCAGGGUGUGCCCCAGUUGCAGCCAGAUGCUGCUUUUUUUUUUGUGUGUGUGUGCCUUUCUUGUGGGGAUGAUUCUUUUGGUUUCCAGAACACCCAGGGCAUUUGCUCUAGUCUUUUUCCCAGUCCUCUGUCCUGGUGACUCUGCUCUCUCCCAGCCUUGUGACUUGGUGUCUGUCUGUUAAGGUAUGGCCUGACCUGCAUUUAUGCCCUGCCACACCUUGAGUUCUGCUCAGAGCACCCAAGGUACUGUCUUUCUCAAAUUGGAAUUAAUAAUUAAUAUAAAAAGCUUGAAAAAAAUCUGAAUUUUGUUACAUAGUGUAAUAACUGUUUGUAGAUACUGUUCUGAGAUGUAGGAAUCUAUUGGUGAUAUAAGAGGUUUUGUCUGUAAAUAAUCAGUUUAGAGUCCAAAUGAUUUUAAUAAAGAGAAUUCUUACACAAUAAUUCAAUAAAUUUUAAUAUACAACCUC